GUGAAAUGGCGCUGCAAAAUCAUCUGGACCAGGAGAAAUUCUGCUGUUCAAUCUGUCUGGACCUACUGAAGAGUCCUGUGACUAUUCCCUGUGGACACAGCUACUGUAUGAACUGUAUUAAAAGCCACUGGGAUGAAGAGGAUCAGAAGGAGAUCCACAGCUGUCCUCAGUGCAGACAGACCUUCAUACCGAGGCCUGUCCUGGUGAAAAACACCAUGUUAGCUGAUUUAGUGGAAGAUCUGAAGAAGACUGGACUCCAAGCUGCUCCAGCUGAUCAGUGCUAUGCUGGACCUGAAGAUGUGUCCUGUGAUUUCUGCACUGGAAGGAAGCUGAAAGCUGUCAAGUCCUGUCUGCAGUGUCAGGUUUCUUACUGUGAGCAACACCUCCAGCCUCACUAUGAAUCCCCUGCCUUUGAUAAACACAAGCUGGUCGACCCCUCCAAGAAGCUUCAGGAGAACAUUUGCUCUUGGCACAAUGAGGUGAUGAAGAUUUUCUGUCGUACUGAUCAGCAGUGUAUCUGUUACCUCUGCUCCAUGGAUGAACAUAAAGGCCAUGACAUCGUCGUAGCUGAAGGAGAACGGACUGAAAGGCAGAAAAGGCUUGAAACUAGUCAGCAAAAAAUCCAGCAGAGAAUCCAGGACAGAGAGAGAGAUGUGAAGCUUCUCCAGCAGGAGGUGGAGGCUAUCAAUCACUCUGCUGAUAAAGCAGUGAUGGACAGUGAGAAGAGUUUCACUGAGCUGGUUUAUAUUGUUGAGAAAAGAAGCUCUGAUGUCAAGCAGCUGAUCAGAUCCCAGGAGAAUAUUGAAGUGAGUCGAGUCAAAGAUCUUCAGGAGAAGCUGCAGCAGGAGAUCACUGAACUGAGGAGGAAAGACGCUGAGCUGGAGCAACUCUCAAACACAGAUGACCACAUCCAGUUUUUACAGAAUUACCCCUCACUGUCACAGAUCAGUGAAUCUGCAGGCUCACCCAGCAUUAAUAUCCGUCCUCUGCAGUACUUUGAGGAUGCAACUGCAGCAGUGUCAGAGGUCAAAGAUAAACUACAGGACAUUCUUAGUGAAGUAUGGACCAAGAUCUCAGAGACUGAAGUUGAUGUUUUACUGCCACAAGAAGAACCAAAGACCAGAGAUGAAUUCUUACAAUACUCACGUCAAAUCACACUGGAUCCAAACACAGCACACACAGACGUGUCAUUAUCUGAAGGGAACAGGAAAGCAACAGUGGCGAGAACAUCAAAUCCCAUAAAGUUACUUUCACAGUCUUCAGGUCCUAGACGUUGUUACUAGGAAGUAGAGUGGAGUGGGUUUGGGGUUUCAGUAGCAGUCACAUACUCGGAUAUGAGAAGAAAAAUACAUAAAAGUGGAUUUGGAAAAAAUGACACAUCUUGGGCAUUAUACUGUUUGAAUACUGGUUUUGAAUUCAGACAUAACAACAUCAUAAAGUACAUCUCUGGCCCUGAGUCUUCCAGAGUAGGAGUGUACCUGGAUCACAGGGCUGGUACUCUGUCCUUCUACAGCGUCUCUGAGACCAUGACUCUGCUCCACAGAGUCCAGACCACAUUCACUCAGCCACUCUAUGCUGGACUUGGUGUUGGUUUAGGAUCCACAGUUGAGCUGAGGUAGACAGAAACUGAUGGAUGGACGGGUGAGAUCUAGAGAGGAAUCUCUCAUUGCUGUGGUGUUUCUUUUUCACUGAUGACCUGAUUUUCCAUUAAUGUUAAAAGUAAUGACAAGGUAUUGAAAUAGUUUAGUUAGUUCUUCUUGGCAGUAUGAAACGGUUCUAAAAUUGAAACAAUGAAUUGAAACAAUAAAAACAUAAAUAGAUAUGUUUAUAAUAAUUGAUCAUUUUAAUCUUUUUUCUUGAGGGUUUGCUUUAUAUUUUGGUCUUUUGUGGCCAUAAACUGAACGUUGGGCUUCAGGAAACUGUAAAUAUAAUGAGCAUUAUUUAAUGUUAUUUAUUUUCAUUUCUUUUUCUGGAAUGGCAGUUUUACUUUCUUCUUCUACAGGAUUGUUUAUUCUAUUGUUUUAUUGGUUCUGGUGUGCUUGGUAAAAGGCCACUCAGCUGAUAUCAUCCAGACUGAUCAUGUGUUUGUCAGAAGAUAAAGGCCUAGAGUUGGUACCUGCUAGUCUGUACCAAUGCUCAAAAAUAAAUUUAUUUUAUUAAUUCAUUUGAAGUUCUUUAUUUAUCCAUGUUAUCUGCAUUUGAUAUAAAGCAAGAUUUCCUGCAUUUCUUUGUCCUUUGUACACUUUUACCUGCCUCAAUAAAGA